CAGCAUGAGAUGGGUGUAGAUCAGGGCAGGGAGGAUCUUCCUAAUCAAACCCACAUUUCUCUGCAUUGUCUGCCCUGUCUCCCGGGGAGCUCAGCCAAACCCCCACGCUCGCGAUGCUCCAGCGCUGUUUGAAAAGCUGCACGAAGGUGACAUUGGUUAUUUAUAUCACGUCCUCAGUCCCACAACAUCCAUCCUGGAGGUGCUGGGUGCCAUCCACAGGAUGGGGCCGGAGCAGCCCAGCAGCAUCCCAGCAGCUGGCACCGGAGAGCUGGAGCCAGGAAUCCCGGAGAGGCACGAGAGCCAAGAAGGAAACGGGCCAUGGGCUGUCCACUGCCACUAAAGGUCCUCAGCAAGGUGGCACGAUGCCCCUCUGCCACCUGUGGGGCUCAGGGACAGCGGGACAUGCCCUUGAAGGCCACGCUGGGCUUUUCUGGCCCCCCCCAAAAGGACGGGAAGUGGCGGCUGAGGCGUCAUUUCCCCACGGGCGCCGUGUGGGCUUCUCCCUGGCCAGGCAGAGAAAUCCUGGGCUGUCUCCUGCUCGCAGACUCCUUGGUGUCCCCGGCUGGGCCGUGUGGCGCAGUUCCUGUGGCCGAGCAGCCAGGCUCCAGAGCGGCACCCAUAACGCGGCCCCCGGCCCCGUCUGCUGCCUCUGCCCCUUUCGUGGUCCCUGCAGGCGGAGCUGGAAGGUUCCUCUGGCUAAACCCCGGCUCGGAGGGAAGGAAGUCGGCUGCAGCCCAGGAAAGGAAGCCAGCUGGUUUCCCUUGUGCGUCUGCGAGGCGUGCGGGGGGAGCAGGGCGUAGCCAGAUCGAGAUAGGAUGGGGAGGCAGCGCCUCUUUCCUUCCAUGUUUUCCGGGCUGGACGCGGGAAGCGUGGCCUGGGCAUUAUUUCCUCCAGCUGCUGCUGGGCUGGGCUGUCCUGGCUCUCUGCUCGCCGUGCAGUGCGGGACAGCAGCCACGACGGGGAGCUUCCAUCCCGCGGGACGGCCGGGCGGGACACGGGCCCCG